AUGCUAAUGGGCCAGUAUAAAAUGAGGAGCAGCUCCUCCAGACACAUCAGAGCUCUCUGCCGCCCAGAAGGAGAAGAAGCUGCCCAGCUCACCUGCACAGACAUGGCUCCCUGCUCCAGUAACUACUCCUCAGUGCACCAUAUCGCGAUCUCAGUCAAAGAUAACAUUAAGAUGAGAAAACCUGUUGUGGAGAAAAUGCGCAGAGAUCGCAUCAACACCUGCAUCGAGCAGCUCAAGGCGAUCCUGGAGAAAGAGUUUCACAAGCAGGAGCCCAACUCCAAGCUGGAGAAAGCCGACAUCCUGGAGAUGACCGUGAGCUUCCUGAGGCAGCAGCUGCAGCCGGGCCUCUGUCACAGCGACUACAACCAGGGCUACUCUCACUGCUGGAGGGACUCGCUGCACUUCCUCUCUGCUGGCUCCAACACAGAGGCCUGUGUGUCUCCUCUGCGGGGCCUCCAGCAGCAGCAGGAGCAGCUCCGUCAGGUCCAGAGAACCAGCAGCUCCUCCCCAGUCUGCUCCCCCAUCAGGCCCACCAUGCUGCAGGACAGCAGCAGCAGCAGCAGCAGCAGCAGCAGCAGAGGCCCCAUGUGGAGGCCCUGGUAGACAUUCACUGAGACACUGAGACCUGAGGGAAUCUGUCCGCUCCCUCACCAUGUAGGAAAUGUAUUUCCAGCCUGCUCAUUCAUGGCGGGUUUCUUUAUUGUCGCAUCACAUUGAUGGACAAGUAGUAUUAAGCAAAACGAUCUCACUUAUUUGAAGAUUGUCCUGCUUUGAUUAUUGAUUCCGAUCUGUUUGCUUUUCCCUUGUGUUUUUAAGCUGGAGGUUGAGUUCUGAUGGUUUUGUCAAAUCUUAUGAAGUAUUUGUUUACUCCAGUGGAGUUUUAUCCGUGGACUGCUCGACGUAACAGUACAAACUGUGUUUUACUGCAUCUGCUGUUGAGAAUAUUUCUCUUCCGUUACGAAUGAUAUAUGCCAAAUUUUAUGGAUGUGAAUGAAGAUGGUGUGUGUGAGUGUGCAAGUGGACGUCCAUUUGUGUUGUAUGUUGAUAUAGCUGUUAUGCUAUUGCAUUUUAGCUCUUAAAACUUAUUUUGAACAUUUGUAUGACAAUUAACAAUAAAAUGAUACAAUCACAAAAAAAAAGAAAA